CUUAGUCAGCAAGAUUUUGAGAUUCUCGAGCGCCCUGAACUACCAACCUUUAUAGACCAGCUCUUGCAAUUGGCAUCGCAGGCCACAUUCAAGACCGAAAAUGUUCACCAGGGCAUUAAGACGAGCGGUGCAGGAGGUGCGGGUGCCCUCCUUGACACUCCCGCCAACUUUCCUCCUCCCAAGCCAGGCACGAUACUUCAACUCGACAGAACAGCACGUUGAGCCCCCGACCUCGAAGGCUCCGCUGGCUUCGCAUUCUCCUAUCUCGACUGAGGCCAUUGCGUCUGCCACUGGAAUCAAAGCCACCCAGCCGACAGUACCAUCUACUCCCUACGCCGUCACCGAAUCGGUCAAGGAGCUCCUACCGCUGCUCAAUGCGCAACCGUCGAAAUUCAUAACGGCGCUCAUCCACGGCCGACCAUACCUCCUCACAGUAGGAGAUACCGUCCGUCUCCCAUUCCAUAUGCCUGGUGUUGUGCCCGGCGACGUCCUCCGACUCAACCGCGCAUCCGCUAUUGGCAGCAGAGACUACACACUGAAGGGGCAACCACACGUGGACGAGAGGGUGUUCGAGUGCAGGGCUAUCGUGAUGGGGACCGAGGGCGAGCCGGCACGGAUUAAGAUUAAGAAGAAGCAGAGGAAUCGGAGGACGAAGACUGUUAUUAGCAAGCACAAGUUUACGGUGUUGAAGUUGUCUGAAUUGAGGGUCAAGGAGUUGGGGGAGAUUGAGCAAUAGAUGUGCAAUAGCGAGAGGGCAUGCUAAAGGGAUAGCUAGGGGAUUUGAUAGGGGGAAUAGGGAAGGACUAUGUUGUAUGAUUAUUGCAGUAUAUACUGUCAUGCGACGAGAGGCAUGUGUAACUAUCAAUUGUGUUAUUCUAUCUCACUAGAGAGGCAACUGUAAAACGGCACUGCUUUAUAUGCAUGUGAUCGUUUCCUUUUGGCAGCCAGUUUUUACAUGUCUGCGUGUGCACUUAUUACCACUGCACAGAUUAUGUCUAUUAAUUACUGAUCAAAUUUGGGUAUCUCUAUACAUCUGUCUCGACACAUCGUCUAUCUCGUGCUUGAAGGGCCCCCCUUCCAUAAAUGCCCAAUCAAUCCCUUUUCACUUCAAACAACACCUUCGCCAACUCCCUAAUCUCUUCACUCUCAUUCUUGCCCAGCGCAGCCGUAAUCCCCUGCAGCGUCUCAGCAUCCAGUCCCUCCUUCCGCCGACUGUAAAUAUCAAUCCCAGCCGGCGUAAACAGCGUCUUCUGGAAAUACGUCACAGCCCAACCUUCCCCCUCUC